AAUCGUACUUGUCGUCUCUUUCCCUCGUUUUUACCGAAAAGUAUGCCUGACGGUGAAAAACCUGUGAUACCUCCACCUCCUGCGAUACAUAUUGAACAAACUUUGGCGUUAAUCAAGCCAGACGCAAUCGACAAAAGCGAUGAGAUCGAAGAAAUAAUACUUCUUCAUGGAUUCACUAUUUUACAGGUAAUGUUCCUCAUAUCUUAAUUCUAUCGUGUUGUUUCUUGAGUUAAGUAUUCAGUAACACAAAAUUAUUUACUAUUACAACUUUCUAAUAUCUAUAAUGUUUCUAACCGUGAUUUUUGCGUAAAAGAACUUGAAUUAUCUAUAAAAAAAUCCUUGCCUUGUAGCAAGUGCAAAAACAAAAACAGAUCCCCAAAUAAUCUUUCGGCGAUAUGCACCACAGUUAAUCUACAGAUUGAGAUUAUAGGCUGUUUAACGAAAUACAGGCAAUAAGUUCACAAUUUUGACAGUUUGAAUGUAAAAUAUAAUCACCAAAAGCGGAAAAGGCCGCAGACAUAGUUGUAUAUUAAAUUUGUACCCAUUCAGUUUUAAUUGCCAGCUGGAGGCGAACAUAAAUGUAUACUGUUCAUCUCUAGCGAAGUUUAGACAAAAAUAAAAUAAAGCCUGAGCACUGUGAUCUUUACUAACAGCAUACUUGCACAUUACCAAUAUGUACAGACAGUUGCCUGUGAAUAAGGAGGGCCCUUCCCAACCCCCCAAAAAACUACACACCCCUUUCGGUGCAACCCGUCCACAAGUCCUAUAGUCUAUCGGUAAAUGUUCCAACGAUAUUUUCUUAACUCGCUUAACUAUACAACAACUGUUUCUAGCUUGUAUAAAAAAAAGUGAGUCUUUAAACUCUAACGAAGUUUAAGAAAAAAAAAAAAAAAUCCUGAGAACUUUGGAUUUUAGCAAACGCAAACUUUCCCAUUAACCAUAUGUAAAAACAAUUGCCGGGGAAAAAGGAAUGCCCUUUCCCCCCCCCCCACCCCUCACCCCCACAUACACACACCCACUUAUCAAGUUCACAUAUGCAGUGGUAAAGAUCUGUAGAUGAAAAAUUUAUAUCUCUUUUAAUUUGUAAUACAGUAGAACCCUGGUAACUCACACUCAGUGACUCAAACUCCCCGCUAACUUGAACUUAGUCCCAUUUCCUUUGGAUUUAACCCCACUUGUCAGUCAUUUUUACGUGGUGAACUGGAACACAGAUAAUGAACUCCCAGCUAACUUGAAGUAAAUGUCUUUUCCUUUGAUCAAAAUUUACCCCGAUAACUUAAAUUCUGGUUCUUUCAACUCACACCCAUGCUUGCCCAUAUGUUACAGGGUUAUACUACAGUAUUGUAUUUCUUUUAAAUUAUGUUGCACCACUUUUUUUAUUAGCAGUCUGUUUCUUUGUGGAAAUACAACGUUAUAUGUGGUUACAUUUGAAAUAAAGUUUAAAAUGAAGCACAGGUUCUGUUUGACAAAAUCUUAAUAAAUUUUGUUACUUAGAAAAGAAGAGUACAAAUGACUCCAGAACAGACAAGUGAUUUCUAUGCUGAACACUAUGGAAAGAUGUUCUUCCCAAGUCUUGUAGCAUACAUGAGUAGUGGGCCUGUCUUAGCUCUAGUGUUAGCAAGGCAGUCUGCUAUUUCUUACUGGAGACAGUUAAUUGGACCAACUAACACACAGAAAGCAAGAGAUCAGGCACCAGAAAGGUAUUGCAAUAUUAUGACUUGUAGUGUUGUUGCUUUCUUUUGCCAUGGAACACUUGAAAAACACAUGUAUUGUAAUAAAUUAUUUAUUACAUACAAUUUACACAGGUAAUCACAUGAUUUAAAGUCUGAUGUGGAAUCAAUCAAUCAAUCAAUCAAUCAAUCAAUCAAUCAAUCAAUCAAUCAAUCAAUCAAUCAAUCUUUAUUUGCUCUUUCACAUACUAGUUACAGAAUAAUAUAAGAUAAUUUUAUAUCUGGGCAGGAGCUCUCAGCAAACCCUUUUGGGCUUUACGAGGAGAGCCCCUGAACAAGUUUACUACAAUGAUUUAAUUAUAGAUUAACCCAAGUAGUUUUUUUUUAGGUAGGUAACAAAAUUGCAUGAACCCAAGAAGUGUGCAUGAUUCAGAGCUUUUCAAAAAACUAGAAUAUUGCACAUAAAAAUCAUAUUAUGUCUUAUUACUGGUAAUAAUAAUAUUAGUGAAAAAAUUGCUAAUAGCUUACAGAUAUAAUUUAUGGUCCAUAAAGUGAAGUGCAAUUUCCGAAAACACAAAGUGCAGGAAAAUGUAUUUUAUUCAGUACUGGAAGAAGGAAGUCAAAUGCAUAUUACAUUAAUUUUUUUCCUUCCACUUAAUUUUUUCCACACAAUGGGUGCAGCAUUUACCUCUUACAGAGGUAAAUGCCGCACCCAUCCCCCAUGGUAAUCAGUUUUUACAAUUGUAUUGGACUUGCACAGCCUUUACAAUGUAUGAGUGACAGCUUUACUAAAAACUAAUGUUUAGAAUUAUUUAAAGGUUUGUACAUGUACUUUGUUCUCUUUUAGCUUAAGAGCUGUCUAUGGUACAGACAGCACCAAAAAUGCUCUUCAUGGUAGUGACAGCUAUUCCAGUGCUGAGAGAGAAAUACAUUUCUUCUUUCCUGACAGUAAGUACUAUGUAUGACAUUACCAACACUGCAUGUAACAAUUAACAAUUUUAUUAAUGAAUGAGGCUAAGUAUUUUAUGAAGAGUUAUGGAGAUCUCGGAGGGUGUUAUCCGCCUCGGCCUACAGCCUCGACGGAUAACACCCUCCUCAAUCUCCAUAAUUCUUCAUAUGAUACGAAAGCCGAAUUCAAUAAUUGUUUUAUUAUUCAUUCAAAAUAAUUCCUAGUUUAGAAACAAAAAAACAUGCUUACCUCCAUCGAUGUUAAGUUCACCUUCGACAGUGCACGUUUAGGGUUGUUCAGCUCCACAAAUAUUUUCCAAUUAGCAGAUGUCACCCUUCGAGUUGUGUUCUUGCUGUUCUUUCCAUGUUUUUAGCUAUUAUUUCACCUAGUUCUUACUCUUGAAAUGAGUGAAAUGUCCGCCAGUUUUUGUUUUCACAAUCAAAACUACUUAACCUCAUCCCCAGGUCUUCUCGCUUAACAGUGCAUUAACCUGCAAGAAUGCUGUGUUUUUGAUGUCAUUUCCUCGUUAUGCACAAAAUUCUUCCAAAUUUGGUCAUCAGUAACUGGUUAUGGUGAAUUGUGCUCGUGCUUUUAGCCAAUCAGAAUCAGGGAAAUAUUUUGAAUGAAUAGUAAUGAAUGUUAAUAUAUGAGUUAAUGUUGCACCUUUAUCAGUUGUAAAAAUUUAAAAUAAUUCAUUUAACCAUGAUUUGUUGGGACUGAGUGUAUAAAAAUGGUUGUCAUAAUUUGUUGUGAUAGUCUUUUUCUGUAAGCUUACACUCAGUUUUCUGAAGCUUCAAGAGUGACAUGAUUGAGGACCAGAGUCAUUUCAGAAUAACAGUCAUAUAGAACUGAUCCUCUCAUGUAGAAGAUUUAUCAGGUGGUGCUUGCACCCUACAUCAUUAAAAUAUUUUGAAACUCCCAUACUGGUACAGUCGAACGUCUACCAACGGCCACCUCUGUACAAGGGCUACCUUUGUCUGUCCCGGCGGACAUAAAAUCUAUACACUGACUCUUGUUUAAAACCUCUCUACAACGUCUUCUCUGUCCCCAAGGUGGCUGUUAUAGAGAGGUUCAACUGUAUUCUUCUUUGUCAUAUGAAUUCAAUCAUUAAUUUGCUCUAUAAAAAGUGCACAGCAUUAAUGCUAACCUUCAGAAAAUGUAAACCUUGUAGGUGUUGUGGAACCUGUUGCAACAGGCCAAGCAGCAAAAGACUACCUGACAAGAACAGUAACUCCAACAUUACUAAAAGGACUUACAGAACUAUGUAAGAAGAAACCAGCAGAUCCAAUAGUAAGUUGUCAUUGUUUUCUUGAUAGAAGAAAAUGUGACGAUCUUGCUUCUUAAGCUUCUUAAGCUAGGCUUAAUAACUAUCUAUCGAUGUACCCUAGAAUCUUGCAAUCUUGGACAAGAAGUGUUUAGAAUCUGGCUCUUACCCACAGGAUACCCAAGUGGUAACCUGAGAUCAGGCCCAAUUUAGGGGUUGCCAUACAUUCUCUCUAACGGCUACCGCUAAAGUUUUCGUUUCGCCUUGCCCGCCGGAAUGUUAUUACAAAACGAAACGAAAAUUGAGCCUGAUCUCAGGUUACCCAAGUGGUGGAUUUUGUAACACAGUGACCCCUCCCCCCACCCCACCCUAAUCAUUGCUUUGUGUGGGAAUGGGGGAGAAAUUAGUAGCGCCUUAAGGAGCUGUAUUUUAAAAUUAGAAAACAUGCAACAUGCAUUUUUCUUGCCCAAGUUUGUUAUUAAUUUACUAAAACUUUGUUUUAUCAACAGAUUUGGUUAGCAGACUGGUUAAUAGUGAACAACCCCAACAAACCUAGAGUACAGGAAGGAGACUACAUUGUUGAAGAGCCAGAUGACUGAUGUUUUGUAUACUCAAACAAUGUGCAUUCAUUUCAUUUUGUACUCUCUCAUGACUUGUAAAUAUGCCGUAGUUAGGUCAUUACUUUUUCGCUUUAAAAUAAGAAUUUUUCUCCGACCUCAUUCAACUAGAAAUGUGGAGAAAAGUAAUUCCGUUGACUGAAAGGUAUUGAGUAUGCUUUUGAAUCUUUCAUAUGUAGGCGGUCCGGCAUAUACAUAUAAAACUUUUUUUAUGCAAGAAUGUUACAAGUGUUUUCUCGGAGCACGUCUAUGUAAAGACUAAGGAAAGAUGUAUAUAGCUAUAUAAAGUGUUUUUUAACUCAAUCGUGCCUAUUCUUAUUUUCUUGUUACUGUUAGGAGCAAUUUUCUUUUAAAUUCAAAAGUGUAAAAAACACCUUUAAAAAAGUCAACAAAAUAUUCGACAUUUGCUAACCAUAGUUAAUAGAUUGGAAUGGUUAUGAAACCUGUCAGACUCCUUUGUUAUUUGUUUUUGUGGACCUGACGGUGCACAACGUUCAAUAGCAUUCCUAGCAUUUUGAUCUUAUUGACCACUAAACACGUCCCAUUAAUUUAUUGCGUCACAUUUCACCAACAGAAAACAAAGGAUUGUGCACCUUCAGGUAGCUUCCAACAUAAUCUGCAGCACCGUUGUUUUCAUUUUUGAUGUUUGUUGUCUUUCAUAACCAGACGUGAUGCCGGCACUAACC